UGCGCUGUUGACCGGUUGCGACACUUCACAACUCUCCUCUCCUCGUUCCCUCCUCUCUGCCGGCUGCUCUCCGCCUCACCACAUCAUCCGCGAGAAUGGAUCAGGCUGGCCAUGCGCUGUUGGCUGCGAAUCUGAUCUACGCCAGAGCCAACACCACCAAUGGCACCACCACCAAUCCCGCGACGGCCUCGAGACCGCCCGUCUACAAGGCCAUUGGAAUAUCGUUAGCAAUUGCUUCGGGCGUGUUCAUUGGGAUAUCGUUCGUGCUGAAGAAGAUUGGGUUGUUGAAGGCCAACGAGAAAUACAACGAGGCGGCCGGAGAGGGGUAUUCAUACCUCAAGAACAGCUUCUGGUGGACGGGCAUGACGCUUAUGAUUAUUGGGGAGAUAUGCAACUUCGUGGCGUAUGCGUUUGUGGAUGCCAUUUUGGUUACGCCGUUGGGAGCCUUGUCGGUGGUCAUCACGACGAUUCUCUCUGCCAUUUUCCUGAAGGAGCGAUUGAGUAUGGUGGGUAAGGUUGGAUGCUUUCUCUGCAUUGUCGGAUCGGUGGUGAUCGUUAUGAAUGCGCCGUCGGAAUCAUCUGCGGCGAAUAUCCAGGAGAUGCAGCACUUUGUUAUUUCGCCUGGCUUUCUGGUUUAUGCUGGAUUGAUCAUUGUGGGAGCUGUAUUUACGGCGCUGUGGGCUGGGCCGCGAUAUGGAAAAAAGUCCAUGCUGGUAUAUCUAUCGAUAUGCAGUUUCAUUGGAGGUCUGAGUGUGGUGGCUACGCAAGGUCUUGGAGCUGCUAUUGUGGCUCAGAUUGGAGGGACACCGCAGUUUAAUCAGUGGUUCCUUUACGUUUUAUUCGUAUUUGUUAUCACGACACUUGUAACAGAGAUUAUAUAUCUCAACAAAGCACUCAAUUUGUUUAAUGCAGCAUUGGUUACGCCUACGUAUUAUGUCUACUUCACGAGUUGCACGAUUAUUACCUCCGCCAUCCUGUUCCGAGGUUUCAAAGGAACAGUUACAUCCAUCAUUACCGUUGUUAUGGGGUUCUUCAUUAUUUGUGCUGGAGUCGUCCUCCUUCAGCUUUCGAAAUCUGCAAAGGAUGUCCCUGAUUCCGCCGUCUUUGCAGGAGACCUUGAUCAAGUUCGAACCAUUGCGGAACAAGAGCAACCAGAAUCAGAACCCAAGGCAGAUGCUAUCAGAGGAGCAGCAGCUAUCGUUAGAAGAUUCUCCCAGACCAGACAGAAGAUGGAGAUGGCAGAAGCGAGGAGGUUACACGAAGAGAAGCAAGCAGAUCUCGAACCCAUUGGAGAGAACGAGCAAAUCGAAUGGGACGGUCUAAGAAGACGCAGAACAACAAUUGGUACCAACCCCAGUAUCCGUUCUCGAGGAAACACAACCCCAUUCCCACCGUUCGAGACUCCUCACACAACGACCAUGCAAUCACCCCAAAUGCAUCCUCCUCUCGGCAUGUCCCGGUUCCCCUCAGAUUCAGACUCAGAUCAUGACGAAGAAGACCGCCCAGGGACCGCUUCCACCAUGGGCUUCUUUGGUCGAGCUAAAUCCAUAAUCGGCGGACCAGGCUCCCGCCGCAGCACAAACCAGCCUCAAGUCCAAAGCCCCAUGCAUCCCGUCCCCUUAACCGAGAUCUCCAUCCCAGCCUACAAAGGCGGCCAAGACGGCAACGACACAGCUUAUUACGGCCACGAACCCGAUGGCGGAGACCACCGAUACGGUCUCCCCUCUCAGCUGAAGACCGAAGCAGACCACCGAGACCGCCACAUCACCAUCGUCGACGAUAUCAACGACCAACGCACCGGCAGCCGAGGCUCGAGUCUGCAUCCUUCGUCCGUGGGCCCAACUCCACCACCUCAUUCCGCUCGUCGUCAGUUCUCGUUCCAAAACGUGUUUAGGAAGGGUCAAUCGCAGGCUGUACCACCGCACGACGAGACGGCUCAUCAGCCGCAGAGCCGGAGUCCGAUGAUCCGGAAGGGGUUGUCGGCGAGGAGAGGGAGUCAUAGUUCGGCUGUCAAAGGCGCUACCGAGGAAGAGAGACUGGGUUUGGUGAAAGGAGACACGAAUUCAGGGCGUCAACCCGUUGCGUUGGAGAGUUACGACGACGAAGAGGAAGAAGAAGAGGAAGAAGACGAGGAUUACGCGCGGUAUAUGGAGGAUAAAGCUCGAGGGAGUCCAAACCGGGGCGGGAAGAGAGAUUUAACACCGCCGAGGAGAGACGAGAAGGAUGAAGAGGCCGGCAUGGCGUUAGGGAGAGAGCAAGAGGAGCGGUAUUAUGAGGAGCAGAGGCGGAAGUUCGAGGCGGGAAGAGGGAGAGGGAGAGGACUGCCUCCGCCGCCGUUUGAUGAGGGGCCUGGUCGUGAUGGAGGGGCGGGCGCUUUUAUUUGAUUGAUUGAUUGAUUG